UCUCGCGACUCAUCAUACUGGACAGCGCAUAUACAUUCAUACGUCGAUUCAAAGCCUAAUCAUACAGAAUAUCUACGCAUCUGUUGUACUUCCACCAUGGCAUCUGUCACCUGCACUAUGACCGCGCCGCCCCUUGACCCUUUCGACGACGUAUAUGCGCUUUCCGUAGAAAGUGCUACUAUUUCAGAUUUCGAGGAUAGAAAUGGAUUCGAUGGUGGGUGCAAGCAAGAAAAGGUUGACAGCAACACUGUCCGAUAUCCACAUCAUUCGUCCGUCCCGAUCAUCGACAGUCAUUCACCUAUUCCGGGUCUUGCAGCCGCUGGGUAUGGGCUGGUACCGGGAACACGUUGUUCUACGCCAAAACAGCAGUUUCCUUGUCAGGCCAUCGAGUGGUCAGACCAAGACUUGUACUAUCUCGUCUACACAAGAUUCGGCGAAAGAGUAGCCAACAACUACUCCACCUCCACGUCCUACUACUCCACUGGAACCGACUCCACGAACCUUGUUACCCUGCAGCUCACGUACUACGAACCUGCCACGCCCACCAGCUACUCCGCUGACGCCCCGAUCGGCACUGGCCGCCCUGUCAUCAAGGUGCUCGCCAGAUCUCAGCCGAGCGCCAGUCUUCCUCAAGCUAGACGCUCCAUCGCUGCCGACUUGCUAUCGUGUACGGAUACCCUAAAGCAUGCCAUCCGUAGCGAUGCGCUCCUUGGCGAUAUAUAUCCACUGAGCGAGGCGGAGCUGAAAAGUAUCAGGUCUGCGAUGGUGUUGAUGAGGUACAUAUCAGAAGAAGAGUGGGACGGUCGACGCGCGCAGCUCCAAAAUUCUGUGGGUGGAGAAUCGGAAGAUGGUGAGCUAGUGAGUCCGGAGGUGAAACUCUGGAGCAUCCAUGCAAAGCUGGAGUUGUUUCUGUUAGAAGUAGGAUACUAUGAGUUUAGCACAUGGUUUGCACAGAUCAACGACGCUGUGGGGAUGAAGAGCGAGGAGAGGAGGACGUUGGCAAGGGGUUUCGGAUAUAGGGCGAAGUGGUUGGAGAGGGCACUGAACGAGUGUUAA